UGUCCUACAAGGUGGAAUUCCACCUACUACAUGUUGAAAAGCUUUAUUGCCAGUAAAAAUGCCAUCAUCUCCACCCUGGCCGUCAUCAAUGCACCUGUCCGCCACCUGUCCCAGGAAGAAUGGACCACAGUGCAAGAAAUAUGCACAAUCUUGCAACCAUUUGAGGAAGUCACUGUGGAACUCAGUGCAGAAAGCUACUUGACAGCCUCGAAGGUCAUAGUGCUGGCCAGGGGACUUCAAAGAGCCACCGCUGAUUUCCGGCGAAACACUACAACAGCGGCAGCGCAAGGUGUGAUUGACAGUCUGUGUGCGAGUAUGUCAUCGCGAUUCCACAGGAUUCAUGCCAACCACAUACUAGCAGAUACUGCUGCACUUGACCCGCGUUUUAAGAGGAUGGCCUUCCCUGAUGGCAGAACAGCAGAUGAGACGUUUCAAAGGCUGUCAACUGCAGCAGCAAGAAUUAGCAGUGGCACACCCAUCCAACAGCAACCAGCUGCAGAAGGACUGGAAGGAGCAGGCAGUGGUGCUGGAUCAAUAGUUUGGAGCUAUUUCCAUGGGGAACAGGUAGCUGGAACAGUGGAAGCCAGGAAUCCCACCGCCGAAGCUGUCAUGGAGGUGCGAGCCUACCUGGAGGAGCCUCUUCUUCCAACACAUGAGGAUCCCCUCAAGUGGUGGGAGAGUCGAGCCCCUGUUUACCCCAGGCUUAGCAAGCUGAUGGCCAAGAAGCUUUGUGUUGUGGCGACAUCAGUUCCCUCUGAGAGAAUAUUCUCCAAAACUGGACAGAUAAUCUCAGAGAGGAGAAGUCGCCUUAAGGCCAAAAAGGUCAGAGCUCUUGUCUUCCUUAAUGCAAAUUUGCCCAAGGACAAGAAAGAGAGGCAGAAAAAGCCAUAAAGUAAGGAACUGCUUUCUAUUUAUUUACAUUGCAUUUUGUGUUCAUUUAAAACUUGAAGGGGCUGAUCUCUUAUUUGCAAAGUUUACAGUAGUUAUAGUAGUAAUAGUGGACUGUAUGUAGACAUUUCCAUUUUAUUUAUUCUAAUUUUAUCUACAG